CCUCUGUAUUCCCAGGACUGUCCAGAGGAGAAGGUCCCAGAGAAUCCUCAGAUGACAAAUCAGGGGGAAGAUCUGACUGAUAUUAAAGUGGAGGAUGAAGAUGAGAGGAUGAUGGACAAUCCCCUGUGUAAGAGUGAGGUGAAGGAGGACAUUCCAGGAGAUGUCACCACAGAUGGAUCCAGGAGGAGAAAUCUGCCAGAGAAAUGUCCCCGUCCUCUGUAUCUCCAGGACUGUCCAGUGGAGAAGGUCCCAGAGAAUCCUCAGAUGACAAAUCAGGGGGAAGAUCUGACUGAUAUUAAAGUGGAGGAUGAAGAAGAGAGGAUGGUGGGCGAUCCCCCAUGUAAGAGUGAGGAGGAGGAGGACAUUCCAGGAGAUGUCACCACAGCAGAAAAUCCCAGUACAAAUUCUGAAGUAAAUUUGUUGUCACUAAAUUAUAAAGUAGAAGAUGAAGAUAUGCAGCGCUCUUCAGGAGAAAAUAUUAAUGUACAUCCAGGACUUCACAGUACAUAUAAUCUUCCUAAUCAUGAGGAACCUUCUCUUGACCAGAAAGAGGGUGAAAUGUUUCACUGUGGUAAAGAGUUCACAAAAAGAUCAAGUCUUUCUACAUAUAGAAUAAUUUUCACCGGGGAAAAGCCAUACUCCUGUUCAGAAUGUGGGGAGUGCUUUACAGAUAAAACACAUCUUGUUAGACCUAAAAAAAGCCACAUAGGAGAGAUGUUUAAGUGUUCAGAAUGUGGGAAAGGUUUUAAAAUCAAAUCAAAUCUUGUUAUACAUGAGAGAAUUCACACAGGAGAGAAACCAUAUUCAUGUUCAGAAUGUGGGAAAUGUUUUACAAAUAAAUCAAAUCUAGUUCUACAUGAGAGAAAUCACACAGGAGAGAAGCCAUAUUCAUGUUCAGAAUGUGGGAAAUGUUUUAAAGAUCAAUCAAAUCUUGUUAGACAUAAGAGAGGUCACACAGGAGAGAAGCCAUAUUCGUGUUCAAAAUGUGGGAAAUGUUUUACAAUUAAAUCAAAUCUAGUUAUACAUGAAAGAAAUCACACAGGAGAGAAGCCACAUUCAUGUUCAGAAUGUGGGAAAUGUUUUAAAGAUCAAUUAGGUCUUGUUAGACAUAAGAGAAGUCACACAGGAGAGAAACCAUAUUCAUGUUCAGAAUGUGGGAAAUGUUUUACACAAAAAUCAGGUCUUGUUAGACAUAAGAGAAGUCACACAGGAGAGAAGCCAUAUUCGUGUUCAGAAUGUGGGAAAUGUUUUACAGAAAAAUCUGAUCUUGUUGGGCAUGAGAGAAGUCACACAGGAGAGAAGCCAUUUUCGUGUUCAGAAUGUGGGAAAUGUUUUACACAAAAAACUAAUCUUGUUAAACAUCAGAGAUUUCACAUAGGAAAGAAGCCUUAUACAUGUUCAGAAUGUGGGAAAUGUUUUACACAAAAAUCAGAUCUUGUUAGACAUGAGAGAAGUCACACAGGAGCGAAGCCAUAUUCAUGUUCAGAAUGUGGGAAAUGUUUUAAAGAUCAAUCAAAUCUUGUUAGACAUACGAGAAGUCACACAGGAGAGAAGCCGUAUUUGUGUUCAGAAUGUGGGAAAUGUUUUACAAAGAAAUCAAAUCUAGUUAUGCAUGAGAGAAAUCACACAGGAGCGAAGCCAUAUUCAUGUUCAGAAUGUGGGAAAUGUUUUAAAGAUAAAUCAAAUCUUGUUAGACAUAAGAGAAGUCACACAGGAGAGAAGCCGUAUUUGUGUUCAGAAUGUGGGAAAUGUUUUACACAAAAAUCUAAUCUUGUUAGACAUAAGAGAAGUCACACAGGAAAGAAGCCUUAUUCAUGUUCAGAAUGUGGGAAAUGUUUUAAAAUCAAAUCAAAUAUUGUUAUACAUGAGAGAAUUCACACAGGAGAGAAACCAUAUUCAUGUUCAGAAUGUGGGAAAUGUUUUACAAAUAAAUCAAAUCUUGUUAUACAUGAGAGAAUUCACACAGGAGAGAAACCAUAUUCAUGUUCAGAAUGUGGCAAAUCUUUUACAAAUAAAUCAAAUCUUGUUAAACAUGAGAGAAUUCACACAGGAGAGAAGCCAUAUUCGUGUUCAGAAUGUGGGAAAUGUUUUACACAAAAAUCAGAUCUUGUUGGGCAUGAGAGAAGUCACACAGGAGAGAAGCCGUUUUCGUGUUCAGAAUGUGGGAAAUGUUUUACACAAAAAAAAUAUCUUGUUAAACAUGAGCGAAGUCACACAGGAAAAAAGCCAUAUUCAUGUUCAGAAUGUGGGAAAUGUUUUACACAAAAAUCAGAUCUUGUUAAGCAUGAGAGCAGUCACACAGGAGAGAAGCCAUAUAUGUGUUCAGAAUGUGGGAAAUGUUUUAAGGAUCAAUUAAAUCUUGUUAGCCAUGAGAGAAAUCACAUAGGAGAGAAGCCAUAUUCGUGUUCAGAAUGUGGGAAAUGUUUUACAAAUAAAUCAAAUCUAGUUAUACAUGAGAGAAAUCACACAGGAAAGAAGCCAUAUUUGUGUUCAGAAUGUGGGAAAUAUUUUAAAUAUGAAUCAGGUUUUGUUAGACAUAAGAGAAGUCACACAGGAGAGAAGCCAUAUUCGUGUUCAGAAUGUGGGAAAUGUUUUGCACAAAAAUCAGAUAUUGUUAAGCAUGAGAGAAGUCACACAGGAGAGAAGCCAUAUUUGUGUUCAGAAUGUGGGAAAUGUUUUACAUGGAAAACAGAUCUUGUUACACAUCAGAGAUUUCACACAGGAGAGAAGCCAUAUUCAUGUUCAGAAUGUGGGAAAUGUUUUACAGAUACAUCAGGUCUUCUUAGACAUAAAAGAAGUCACACAGGAGAGAAGCCGUAUUUGUGUUCAGAAUGUGGGAAAUGUUUUACACAAAAAUCUAAUCUUGUUAAACAUCAGAGAUUUCACACAGGAAAAAAGCCUUAUUCAUGUUCAGAAUGUGGGAAAUGUUUUGCACAAAAAACAGAUCUUGUCACACAUCAGAGAAGUCACAGAAUUCACACAGGAGAGAAGCCAUAUUCAUGUUCAGAAUGUGGGAAAUGUUUUAAAGAUCAAUCAGAUCUUGUUAGCCAUAAAAAAAGUCACACAGGAGAGAAGCCAUAUUCGUGUUCAGAAUGUGGGAAAUGUUUUACACAAAAAUCAGAUCUAGUUAUACAUGAGAGAAAACACACAGGAGAGAAGCCAUAUUCAUGUUCAGAAUGUGGGAAAUGUUUUAAAGAUCAAUCAGGUCUUGUUAGACAUAAGAGAAGUCACACAGGAGAGAAGCCAUAUUCGUGUUCAGAAUGUGGGAAAUGUUUUACACAAAAAUCAGAUCUUGUUAGACAUAAGAGAAGUCACACAGGAGAGAAGCCAUAUUCGUGUUCAGAAUGUGGGAAAUGUUUUACACAAAAAUCAGAUCUUGUUGGGCAUGAGAGAAGUCACACAGGAGAGAAGCCGUUUUCGUGUUCAGAAUGUAGGAAAUGUUUUACACAAAAAAAACAUCUUGUUAAUCAUGAGCGAAGUCACACAGGAAAAAAGCCAUAUUCAUGUUCAGAAUGUGGGAAAUGUUUUACACAAAAAUCAGAUCUUGCUAAGCAUGAAAGAAGUCACACAGGAGAGAAGCCAUAUAUGUGUUCAGAAUGUGGGAAAUGUUUUACACAAAAAACUAAUCUUGUUAAACAUCAGAGAUUUCACAUAGGAAAGAAGCCUUAUUCAUGUUCAGAAUGUGGGAAAUGUUUUACACAAAAAUAUGAUCUUGUUAAGCAUGAGAGAAGUCACACAGGAGACAAUCUAUAUUUGUGUUCAGAAUGUGGGAAAUGUUUUACAUGGAAAUCAGAACUUGUUACACAUCAGAGAUUUCACACAGGAGAGAAGCCAUAUUCAUGUUCAGAAUGUGGGAAAUGUUUUACAGAUACAUCAGGUCUUGUUAGACAUAAAAGAAGUCACACAGGAGAGAAGCCGUAUUUGUGUUCAGAAUGUGGGAAAUGUUUUACACAAAAAUCUAAUCUUGUUAAACAUCAGAGAAGUCACACAGGAGCAAAUUUCUGAAAUCAGCAGAUUCCAUUUGGGUACAAAUAAAUUCAAACCAAAGUGACAGUGCUCAGAUUGCCCUAAUAAAUUCUGAAGUCUUGUAUGGCUUUAACGUCAAGGCAGCAUUGGCAAUCUUAAAGUGGCAGUGAAAUAUAUACAUAUGGAUAAACAGAUGGUGGCCGGUGGUAAUAAGCAAACUGUUUAACAACACAUUGCACUUUUGGCUUUGUUAUGCUUUUUAAAAUAAAAAAAAUCAUCCAAAACAUCUCUCUCUAAUGGGGUGGAUGUCUGGCAGUGUUCACACUCAGGGUGGUGUCAGAAGCAAUGGCUUGUUCUGAACAAGAAUUUCAAGAAUGCUCACUUUAUGGGGAGCGGCAGCAGUAUUGUACUGAACCUGACGGACAAGGCAGGAGAUGUGCAUCUGUGUAGGGGUAGUAGAAAUGGGAGCAGUACAAUAUUAACCUGACAAAGUAGGAGAUCUGCAGCUGUACAGGGAGUAGUAGUAAUAGCAGCAGGUGUAGUAGUAGUUUCAGUGGCAGAUGUACAGUAUAAAACAUGACACACAAGGCAGGAGAUUUGCGGCUAUGUAGGAGUAGCAGUAGUUUCACUGGUGGCAGUAGUAAGUGCAGCAGUACAGUAUGAAAUCUGACAGACAAGGCAGCAGAUGUUCACCUGUUUAGGAGUAGUAGUAAUGGGAGAAGAACAAUAUUUAACCUGACAAAGUAGGAGAUCUGCAGCUGUGUAGGAGUAGUAGUAAUAGCAGCAGGUGUAGUGGUAGCUGCAGCAGCAUGAGUACAAACAUAACAGACAAGGAGGCAGAAUAUUUGCGCCUGUGUAGGGGUAGCAGUAGUGGCAUUGGUGGCAGUAGUAGCUGCAGCAGUACGGUAUGAAA